UCAGUCACCUCUUUGCCUUAGCUUUGAUCGCAGGCGCUAAAAUUUGUAAUAUUUCGCGCGUAAACUGUUACGUGUGUACUUUUGUGUUCAAAUAUAUAUUUUUUAUAGGUACACUACUACUAGGGUAUAUUGUUGUGUAUAUAAUAAAAAGUAAAUCUUUUUUAACUCUAGUAGGAGAAGCAUGUAGUUAUAAGGUAAUCAGUAAACCUUGUAAAUUUUCACAUAAACAUAAAUGAAAUCAAAUUUCAUUUUAAAAAGGGAAAUAAGCGAAAACAAUAGUGCUGAGACUUCUUAAAAUAUCUUAAAUAAUAUCUUAUAUUUGCUAUUUCUGAAACGUAUAUUUAACAUUAAUUGAAUAAUUCUAAUACAUUUUUGAGAAAAUAUUCAUUUGUAUUCGUAUGCACAUUCAUUAAUUGUUUGUAAUGCCAGUUCAAUAGGAAUUAUCGAUCGUGUCGUAUCAAAUUAGUUAAAAAUUCAAUACAUAAUUAGAAAUGGCAAGCAGGCUAACACGCGAAUCAACAAUUUGUCUAGGUAUAUUUUUCUAAAAACAAACUAUCUAUCGAGGAUGUUCAAUACUAUCGAUAUUCUAUUUACAUAUUUACAAAAAGUUAAAUUAUUCGUCAAUCAACAAAACUCUACACUCAACAAAAAUGUGGUUUGAAUAAUUUUUGUAACUUAAAGCUCAUCAGAAUUCGCGUUUAUUUUUUAUAUAAAUAUUGUGCUGGUUUCCCCAUAGGAUUAUGUAAAAACUUAACCCAUAUAUUCUGUAGUUACAUUCGCAAUUAAAAAAAAAAGCAAUGAACGGCGAUAUAAUUGAAUCCGCGGAGGAGAGAAAUCCGCCUCUAUGGGAGAGAUUAGGCUGUGGUCACAUCGCGCGACUGUGUCGACGGAAAAGACGUAGAGUCGCGCCCGAUGGUUCUAACAGCAAAAGGAAAGAAAACCGUCGCCGGAUUAACCGCCCCCCAUCUGCGCAAUACAGCCCCCUCAGUGAGGCGCUACGCACGAACACACCAUCUGGCUUGCAAUGUGCGUUGUUCUGUGGCGGUUCUAGAUGCAAGUAUGAACUGCCGUCGCAGAAGUCGUCGGCUAUACAGGGAUUGUAUUCUGAUUGGGUCACGGACGACAUUCUGGCGAUGGCGCGACCCAGCACCACGGGAAUUGCAGCUAGAAAUAUUAUACAGCAAUUUCACAGCUGGGGCAUCCGAACGGUAAUCAAUCUUCAGAUGGCCGGGGAACACGCGAGCUGUGGACCUCCUCUCACCAAGUCCGGGUUCACAUAUGACCCUGUUAUAUUCAUGGCUAGUGAUAUAUACUACUACAACUUUGCUUGGCCGGACUACGGGGAAGCGAGUCUCAGCGGUCUACUGGACAUGGCGAAAGUCCUCUCUUUUGCCUUACAAGAGGGUCGAGUCGCCAUACACUGUCAUGCAGGUCUAGGUAGAACGGGAGUGCUCAUCGCCUGCUACCUCGUGUACUCCCUUCGCAUUAGGGCGAACGACGCCAUCCGCUUGGUAAGGAAGAAGCGGCCAAGAUCCGUGCAGACCAGUGGCCAGAUACUGUGUGUGCAGCAGUUUGAACACUAUAUUCUACCGCAGACGGUCGUUUUUAGCUCGAAGGAGUCUAUAUUGUUGACGAAGGAUCCAAAGACAUGUGAAUUCACUCUUCGACAGUAUUUACAUCGACAACGAGCUACGCUACAUGGCAUCGAUGAACGUGUAUUUAGAGAAUUACCUAAGAUAGUCUACUGUCUCUGCGAACGGCUGCUCAAGUUAUGUGGAUGUCAGAAAAGUGCCGGUCUGGACUAUAGUAUUAAAAACAGACCUUUCUACAAGUCAUUUAUUUGCUACAAGCUAAUACAAGGAAAACCUCCCGAUUUGACUACGCCUGAAGAAAUACAUAAUGGCCAACCAACGAAUCUACCAAUGGUAGAAUGGCGGAGCGCAGUGGAGGAAGAUGUGGAAAGAAAUCUGGAGGCUGUGAGCAAGUAUACGGGAACUGAAGGAAGUAUAGCUGCAGUUCAGGUUUACGAAGCAUUUAUAGCCGAUCAUCAAAGUCUUCCAGAAGAGAAACUCAAGUACCUCAAACAAUUACGCACUGAGAUCAAUCAAAGGAGGGAAGCUAUGAGCCGGAUUGAUGAAGAGGAGGAUCCAAUAAUCUUAACAGGACUGUUAUUUCAAUGGCUAGAAGGACUAAAGUGCCCUGUUUUGGACAAAGAGGAUCUUUCAAAUAUCGUGAGCCGUUCCACUAAUGUGGAGACGUGUAUAAAAGCUCUACAAAUGGAAGACAUCAUGUUAUUAGAGUACUUCCUACGCUUCGUAAUAAGACUGCGCCCUCUAGUGGCGAACAAGAAAGUUGAUAUCCUGAAACGACUCCUUGCUUCGUUGUCGCACCAGUCAAUAAAUUUAAACGGCAAAAUACUUCCAAAUGAAAUUUUGCCUAAACUGAGGGAAGGAACCUGCAGUCAUGUUAUUAAUUUCAUGUUACGCAUGGUGCUGGAAGUUCAAAAUGAUAUAGCAAAACCAAGCCGGGAUGAUGUUGAUGUUGUCAUACCACCAAGGAAAAUAAGAAUAAAAGCCUGGAAAUAG